AUGCCAAGAUGGGUACCAUUUAUGAAAGUACCAUUUAGAAGAAGAGUAGAGAUUACAGCAGUACUUGUUUAUGCAUUGAUUACACCAUUUACAUUGUUGGCAGCAUUCUAUGCGAUCGUUAUACCUAUAUUCUGGUUCUUUACUAUCCCCUAUCUCAUAUGGAUGAUAUAUUAUGACAAGACAUGGGAACAUGGAGGAAAACGAUUGGAAUGGGUUAGAAACCUAAGAAUCUGGUCAUUCUUUAGAGAUUACUUUCCCGUAUCUUUGGUUGCAAGUUCAAAAUUGGAUCCAAAAAAGAAUUAUAUAUUUGGAUAUCAUCCACAUGGAAUUAUUAGUUUAGGAGCCUUUUGUAAUUUUGCAACAAAUGCAAAUGGAGUUGAUCAGAAAUUCCCUGGUCUUACCAUUCAUCCUCUUACAUUGGAAUCAAACUUUAAACUCCCCUUUUUUAGAGAUGUUUUGAUGAGUUUUGGAAUGUCAUCGGUUAGUCGCAAAGGAUGCGAUAACAUUUUAUCAAGUGGACCAGGAAAAUCAAUCAUGAUUGUAGUUGGUGGUGCUGCUGAAUCUUUAGAUGCUCAUCCAGGAAACAAUGAAUUAUAUUUAAAAAGAAGAAAAGGUUUUGUUAGAUUAGCUCUUAGUCAUGGAGCUGGAUUAGUACCAAUGUAUUCAUUUGGAGAAAAUGAUGUAUUUGAUCAAGUAUCAAAUCCAAGAGGAUCAUUCCUUAGACGUUUACAACAAAAAAUAUUACAAAUAUCUGGAAUCGCUCCACCACUUUUUAAUGGUCGUGGUAUAUUUACCUAUGACUUUGGUCUGUUGCCUCAUAGACACAAAAUUGUUACAGUGGUUGGGGAUGCACUUGAAGUACCAAGAAUAUCAAACCCCUCGGAUGAAGUGGUUGAUUUCUAUCAUCAAGCCUAUAUCGAUUCAUUGACUGUUUUAUUCAACAAAUAUAAAGAUGAUUUUGGUAGUCCAACUGAUGAAUUAAAAAUUAAUUAA